AUGGCGGAGAGUUUACCUCACAAUCCAGAAAGAAAAAGAAGAAGCAGUAAGGACAUUCCUCCAGGUCUUUCAGGCUUGAGACUGGUUCUUGUUGGGAAUACUGGAGCAGGGAGGAGCUCCAGUGGGAACACCAUACUGGGAAGAGACGCCUUCAGUCACAUCUGUUUUCUCUCCUCAGUGACCAGGCUUUGCUGUGAGGAGACAGGUGAGGUGUUCGACAGGCAGGUGACCCUCAUCGACACUCCUGGACUCUUUGACACUUCAUUACCUGAGCAUGACGUGCAGAGAGAGAUUGCCAAAUGCAUCAACAUGUCGGCCCUGGGGCCCCACGCCAUCCUGCUGGUCAUCAAACUGGGGACCUUCACAGCAGAGGAACGAGACGCCGUCAGGAAGGUGGAGGAGAUCUUUGAGGAAGAUGCCUGGAAGCACACCAUCAUCCUCUUCUCUCACGGGGACAAAGUCAAGUCAGACAUCCAACAGCUGCUGGACGAGGCUGGACCUGAGCUGCAGGAGGUCCUGAAGAAGGCUGGAAAUAGAUAUCAGGUCUUCAACAACCUCAAGACCAACGAUCGUGGACAGGUCCUGAGGCUCCUGGAUUUAAUAGAAGAGAUGGUCUCAGCUAACGGUGGAGGACACUACACAGGGAGUCAUCCACAAGAAACAGCAUGGAACAGAAUAGAACGAUUUUUAGUGAUUGGAGGAGUAGCAGCAGGAGUAGUAGCAGUAGGAGUAGUAGCAGCAGGAGGAGGAGCAGCAGUAGGAGGAGUAGCAGCAAGAGGAGCCGCAGCAGGAGGAGCAGCAAUCCAGAAAGAAAAAGAAGAAGCAGUAAGGACUUUCCUCCAGGUCUCAAUCUUCCAUGAGUUUAACAACUUGAGACUGGUUCUUGUUGGGAAUACUGGAGCAGGGAAGAGCUCCAGUGGGAACACUAUACUGGGAUGGGACGCCUUCAGUCAGCACUUUAAACUGGCUUCAACUGGAUUGACUCUGUGCCGUAAGGAGACAGAUGAGGUGUUCCAAAGGCAGGUGGCCCUCGUCGACACUCCUGGACUCUUUGGCACGUCGUUACCUGAGCAUGCCGUGCAGAGAGAGAUCGCCAAAUGCAUCAACAUGUUGGCCCCGGGGCCCCACGCCAUCCUGCUGGUCAUCAAACUGGGGACCUUCACAGCAGAGGAACGAGACGCCUUCAGGAAGGUGGAGGAGAUCUUUGGGGAAGAUGCCUGGAAGCACACCAUCGUCCUCUUCACUCACGGGGACAAAGUCAAGUCAGACAUCCAACAGCUGCUGGAGGAGGCUGGACCUGAGCUGCAGGAGGUCCUGAAGAAGGCUGGAAAUAGAUAUCAGGUCUUCAACAACCUCAAGACCAACGAUCGUGAACAGGUCCUGAGGCUCCUGGAUCUAAUAGAAGAGAUGGUCUCAGCUAACGGUGGAGGACACUACACAGGGAAUCAGCUACAAGAAACAGCAUGGAGCACAUUGAAACAUGUUUUAUUAGGAGGAGCAAUAGCAGCAGUAGUAGGAGCAGCAGCAGGAGUAGCAGGAGGAGUAGUACUACCAGGAACAGGAGUAGCAGCACGAGCAGCACCAGUAGUAGCACUACUAGGACUAGCAGCAGCAGUAGUAGGAGCAGUAGUAGUGAGAGCAGUAGAAGUAGUAAGAGCAUUAUCAAGGCCCCAUUCACACGAGGACGCUCGCAGGUGA